CUAGUUGGUUACUGCGGGACCUUCUGUCUAGAAGCAAUGCCUACUACAGCUGGAAUCCUGCCAGCAGGGCUUGGGCCCGCGCGGCCGCUUUAAGAGAGGGGCGGGGCCCUGCACAGGCGAGGCAGGGCCUGCCCACAAGGCUGCUUUUCCUUUUUGACCCAUUCAAAAAUUACUCAUUGCAAAUUCCCGGACAGCUCGGGAAGGAGAAGCCGGGGGGCGGAGGACAGAGAAGGCUGCAGCCUCUCAGUGUUGGGACUACACGGCACAGCGGGCUGAGAUCGGUCCCACAGAAGCGGCCGGCCCGCGCCGAGCUCCCGGGGCCUCUCCAGGAAGCGUCAGUCUCCGCCCGGGGAGCUGGGAGCACCGCCCCCGCCGUCUUCCCGGGACCCCCAGCUCCUGUGCGCGGGCGAUGGGCGGCCACUGAGCGGACACUCGGCACCGCGACCCCAGCCCUCUCCAUGGCCGCGCGCGAGGAGCUGUACAGCAAAGUCACCCCGCGCAGGGACCGCCUGCAGCGCCCGGGCACCGUCAAGCAUGGGUCGGCGCUGGACGUGCUCCUGUCCAUGGGCUUCCCCCGCGCCCGAGCGCAAAAAGCUCUGGCAUCCACGGGAGGAAGAAGCGUUCAAGCAGCAUGUGACUGGUUGGUUGUUCUCCCAUGUUGGUGACCCCUUCCUGGAUGACCCCCUGCCGCGAGAGUAUGUCCUCUACCUCCGCCCAACUGGCCCAUUAGCCCAGAAGCUUUCCGACUUCUGGCAGCAGUCCAAGCAGAUCUGUGGGAAGAACAAGGCCCACAACAUCUUCCCCCACAUCACCCUCUGCCAGUUCUUCAUGUGCGAGGACAGCAAGGUGGAUGCACUGGGGGAAGCCCUGCAGACUACUGUCAGCCGUUGGAAGUGUAAGUUCUCUGCCCCGCUGCCCCUGGAGCUCUACACCUCCUCCAACUUCAUCGGGCUCUUCGUCAAGGAAGACAGCGCUGAGGUCCUCAAGAAGUUCGCUGCUGACUUUGCUGCAGAGGCCGCGUCCAAGACAGAAGUGCACGUGGAGCCUCAUAAGAAACAGCUGCAUGUGACCCUGGCAUACCACUUCCAAGCCAGCCACCUGCCCACUCUGGAGAAACUCGCCCAGAACAUCGACGUCAAGCUUGGGUGUGACUGGGUGGCCACCAUAUUCUCUCGGGAUAUCCGGUUUGCUAACCACGAGACAUUACAGGUGAUCUACCCCUAUUCCCCUCAGAACGAUGAUGAGCUGGAGUUGGUCCCUGGGGACUUCAUCUUCAUGUCUCCCAUGGAACAGACCAGCACCAGCGAGGGCUGGAUUUACGGCACCUCGCUGACCACCGGCUGCUCGGGGCUGCUUCCAGAGAAUUAUAUUACCAAGGCAGAUGAGUGUAGCACCUGGAUCUUCCAUGGUUCAUACUCCAUCUUAAAUACCGUGUCACCCAGCUCCCUCACAUUUGGUGAUGGGGUAUUGGAGAGGCGACAGUAUGAGGACCAAGGACUCGGGGAGACGACGCCUCUCACUAUCAUCUGCCAGCCCAUGCAGCCCCUGAGAGUCAACAGCCAACCUGGGCCCCAGAAGCGAUGUCUCUUCGUGUGUCGGCAUGGGGAGAGGAUGGAUGUUGUGUUCGGGAAGUACUGGCUAUCCCAGUGCUUUGAUGCCAAAGGCCGCUACAUACGCACCAACCUGAACAUGCCUCAUAGCUUACCUCAGCGGAGCGGUGGUUUCCGAGACUACGAGAAAGACGCACCAAUCACUGUGUUUGGGUGUAUGCAAGCAAGGCUAGUGGGUGAAGCCUUGUUAGAAAGUAACACCGUUAUUGAUCACGUUUAUUGCUCUCCAUCCCUACGCUGCGUUCAGACUGCACAUAAUAUAUUGAAAGGUUUACAACAGGACAAUCACUUAAAGAUUCGGGUCGAGCCCGGCUUAUUUGAAUGGACAAAGUGGGUUGCUGGGAGCACAUUACCGGCGUGGAUACCUCCAUCGGAGUUAGCUGCGGCCAACCUCAGUGUUGAUACAACCUACAGACCUCACAUCCCAGUCAGCAAAUUAGUGAUUUCCGAAUCCUAUGACACCUACAUCAGCAGAAGUUUCCAAGUGACGAAGGAGAUAAUAAGCGAAUGUAAAAGCAAAGGAAAUAACAUUCUGAUUGUGGCCCACGCAUCUUCCCUCGAAGCCUGUACCUGCCAACUCCAAGGCCUGUCCCCGCAGAACUCCAAGGACUUCGUCCAAAUGGUCCGGAAGAUCCCAUACCUAGGCUUUUGUUCCUGUGAAGAACUGGGAGAAACUGGAAUAUGGCAGCUGACAGACCCACCCAUCCUUCCCCUUACCCAUGGACCCACUGGGGGCUUCAACUGGAGAGAGACCUUGCUGCAGGAAUAAGCUGCCUGAGCAACGGGAAGAACCAGCCUGUUGCAGAUGAGUCGUCUGGAUGUCCAGGAGCAGAGGGAAAGCCCAUACUGCAUUUGAUGUGGACAGCUCAGAAUCAUUUCGCCUAUUUCUUUUCAUGCUUAGGGGUCUUACAGUGAGACUGUGUGUGUCAAUGAGAGAAAGGCAUGAUUCAGGAGGAGAACAAAAUCCAUCUUCUCUGGACUUGCCUAGCUAGCAUGGCUUUGAAGAAUUGUCUUCCUAAGCUGGGCACCUGCUGCAGCAGAGACUACCACCCUUCUUCAGGCUAUGCAUGGCUAAAGAGCCUCACUCUUCUCCCAGAGAGCUGCCCCUACCCUCAAGAGACGUGCAAGAGGAAGGACAGUGUCUCGAAUCCAACCGGGGAUGGGAUUGUCUUUUGUAUUCCAUUUGCAAGUUAGGCAAAGCCAUGUUGCAGAGUGCUUUGGUGGUUACUAGAAACCAUAAGACUAGUCCUCGGGUUGUAUAGCAGCUUCCACCCCCAGCAGGCUCCAUUCGCUAGUGUGCAAGGCACGUGCUUAAAGACUCCACCAUUCAGCCUGGUCCUUCAUGCUUCUAUCUGUGAAAUGGGGAGAGAAGCACUUUUGCUCUCCAAAGCACUUUGAGAUACUCAGGGGGACGUAAAGAAAAUGUCUAAUGUAUUGAAUGAGAGGUACGGUGACUUGCAGAUAUUAAUCAAGUUGAAACUACCCCUGUGGUAACCCCAUGAACUGUGAAAGCUCUAAGCCAGUCUGAAUCAAGGUCUGUCUUCCCACCAGGCUCUGGACUGUGUCAAGCAGUUAAGGAGAUCGACAUCUGGACAGAUGUGUGUCUGAUUCAUUAUUUGGAUCAGCAAGAAACUCCUGUACGAUAUGGAUAUUUUUAGAAGGUGUGCCGGUGGUCAAGUUGUACACAUACAGUCCGUGUCAACUGUGGCAGAAUAUCCACAGGCAAAACCAGUUCUAGGUUAUUUAAGGAAGCCAGGGGACUGACUUGAAUGAUGACAGUCACAACUGCACUGUUCCUUUUGCUGUCCUCUUUAUUUGCUUCUCUGUGACGAUUUAAAACAGACGGGAGGAAGGGCUGCUUGAAGGGAGUGGAGAGUUGCAGCCUGCCUGUGACUCUCAUCACGCCUACUUCAUGUAUUUAGAGAGAGAGUGUGUGUAUUUAAAAGAAGAAUAAAUGACAAUCAAGCCUAAACAUCACUUAUCAAUGUCUAUUUAAUUGUGUGAAUAGCCACUAGGGCCACAGACAGUAGCCUGGUGUGAUUUCAUUCAUGUUGUCCCCAGUAAGAUACUUAGAGAAAAUAUGUCGUCAGCUUCACAUUUUGAUAGCUAAACUGUGAUUUUUUUGCCAGUACGGAAAGAACAAGGGCCCAACUUCUGGCACGGAUGUAACCCUAUGGUGACGUAUUAAUUAUGUUGUAACCUUAAAAUACCUUGGAGGAAAGACUCUGAUUAAAAGUCUCAAAAGAGGGCUGGAGAGAUGGUUCAGAGGUUAAGAGCAUUGCCUGCUCUUCCAAAGAUCCUGAGUUCAAUUCCCAGCAACCACAUGGUGGCUCACAACCAUCUGUAAUGGGGUCUGGUGCCCUCUUCUGGCCUGCAGGCAUACACAUAGACAGAAUAUUGUCUACGUAAUAAAAGUCUCAAAAGAGAAGUCACAGUGCAACCACUGUGAUGUCCCCGUCAUUCAUUCUUCUGGUGUUUGCAGUGACGUGAACCCACUGUUUACUCGGAUCCCGAUGGUUCAGCUCCCCAGAUUGGGCCCUCCCACUAAAUCGUCAGAUUUCCUUGACUCUAUAAAGAAUGCCAUGGACAGUGUCUGUGUUUCUGAAAAACAGUUCCUCUCAGCUUCUCCCCCAUCUCUCUCAGUUAUCUUGGUCUUAAGCAUCUAGGUAAAUGAAUUCUCUUGAUCAGGCCAUGUCCCAUUGUCCUUAACCCACUAUUCCUGGGCAAUUUCGACAGAAUCAAAAGAGGACAGAACCUAAAGAAAGUUUCUGAAAGUGGAAAACUCCUGAGUACAGAAAAGUUUAAUUGCCCAAAUUGUUUAUCAGGAUGGCUGGGUGAUCUGUAUUCAAUUAACAUCUAAUUGCACUCUUACUUAUGUAAAAUAUUAAAUAUCGGCUCCAGCUGAGCAAUCCGUCAAAUCUGCUUGUAAAGAGACAUGUGCUGUAUCAGCUUUCCUACGGGUACAAAGGUUCGAGAUGGGCAGCAGACCCUGAGUUGAGGCGAGUUUUUUCUGGUCUGUGGCUCGUGUUUAUCAUCUCAGAUGAUAUUUGGGAGAAGGAAUGAGUCGCAGACAGACAGGGCAGAAAAAAAGAAAUUUUCAGCCCCGUCCCUUUUUGAUAAAUGUUGGAAAGCUAUCUGAUAUCUGAAAUACAGCAAGGGAGAUGAAAGUCAGAAGAGGGUUUGCUAUGGUAUUACUUGUCUGAACAGCGUCCUGCUUUCACAAGUGUGCGCAUGUUCCAGUAUUGUUCCUAGGUAGGGCUCUGUCCCUGUGAUGUCCUCUGUGGACUGACGGGGACCCUUGGUGCAUGUUAAUGGACACACUGGGGCCCUCCUUUUCCCAGGCUCUCCUCACCAGCGCUGCUUGGCUGUGAGGAGCCCUUUGCUUCACCCCAAGGUGACAAUAGCUUUCAGAUGAAUGUGUCUUUCCCUUUGCAUUCAGAUUCAUGCAAUCUGAAUGGCUGAUUAAGUAGCCAUCUGAUGGCUGACAGAGGCGCUUGUUUUUUACCCUGUCAUGAAAGACCUGGGAGACUUUCUACGUCUUAUUUUAAUUAUAUUUUAACCAAAGAAUUAUUUUUAAAGUAACCUUAUAUUUGAAAGAUGAGUUUGCAAUAAAUAAAUUAAUUAAUUAAAAAUGUGCCUUCUGGAGCCAUGUAGGUUUGGUAAGUUGUUGUUGAUCAUUCUCUUGCCAGUUUUGUUUGGAAUACUUGUAGAUGGUCUUCCUGCCUUGUGCAACACUGCCCUGGGCGUGUCUUUUCCUCUCCACAAACUGUGUUCCUGCAAGAAUGGAGUCUCUUAUUCCAGUUUUCUAAUGUCAUGGGGAACUCAGUGAACACCAGGGAGAGGAGUUCCUAUCUCACUGCCUUUGUAGAAAAGUUUGCCUCUGUGCUCCGAGAACGGCGUUCCUCUGUCACCUAGGCGCUGGCUUGGAUUUCACAGCAUUGAUGAAUUGCUCUUUCGAAUCUACACUCAGUAUGCUCAUGUGUCAGAAUACAGAUGAGCCUUCCCCUAAGCAGCACAAGGUCGGCACAGUCAACUGUACCAAAUUUGCCCAAGGUUGGAUAAUGGGACUUGUGGAGAUUUGCAUUUAAACUGUGAUCAGGCACAUGCCAAGUGAGGGGGUGGGGGAAGAAGGGUCUAGACUGGCAAGGAGGGCAGGGGACAGCCUGACCUAAGCAUCUGUUUAGGUGAACGUCCAUGUUACAAGUGAUGGGGAUGGUGUUGCUAGGCAAGUUCUUUUCAUCUUUAAACACACGACUAAAAUGGAUUUGCUUUUGCAACACUUCGCCAUUGGUUUCUGGGAACAUGACCACAGGCAUUGCCUCUCGACACAAAACAAAGUAACUGGACUGUUACAUAUGUAGAGUAUUAGGUUUACUGUGUGUAGGUUGAAAAUUAGAGUCAUUAAUAGUCAAACAAUAGACAGUCCAUCCUCUCAGAUUUUUCCUGGUACUCCUUAACCGCCAUUACUUGCACAGAAACUUUGCAGCUGUUCAGCUAUUGGUGGACUCCAUAGGAGAUACAUGUGUGUAAUGGAAACAAUGUAUAUGGUUCUUUAGUUGCCACGGAGAUGAGAAGAGCAUCCCAAAGCCUUUGAGUUAUGCCUAUGCCAUCUGAACCUGCUACAUUGGGAAGGCGUGUCCAUUUCUUUCUCACUUACAAGACUUUUGUAUCACUUCUUUUCUAUGUGAUCCUAGUGUAUUUAUUGGGGGGGGGGGUUGUAAUUACAAAAAUAGAGAGAAAACCAUGCCUCGCUGUACCGCCAAAUUCCUUGACCCUACCCGCGGCAUUUGUGCUUGCUGGCUGAGAAGCUGAUCUUCCUGAUAAAGCUGUGGCUGCAUCGUGAUCAGUUCACCACAUUCCAGGACCUUAUCCACUGGGGUGGUCCAUAGAUGAUGUAAUAAAAAGAAGCUGUGUCCUCAGUUGA